AUAAUCUCAAAUGGGUCAUUUCGUCAGUUGAAAAUCCAGAGCCCGAAGCCAAAAAGACCGAGACUUAUCUGGAACAUUACUCCACAGAGCUAAAAUCAAAUCGCAGCAUGGCGAAUCCUAGAAGGGUCCUCUUACUAUGCGGUGAUUAUGUGGAAGACCACGAGGUGAUGGUUCCAUUUCAAGCGCUGCUCGCUUACGGAGUGGCCGUCGACGCCGUUUGCCCCGGGAAGAAAUCCGGCGAUAUUUGUAGAACUGCUGUUCAUCAACUUGGCUGUCACCAUACAUAUUCCGAGUCCCGAGGUCACAACUUUUCACUCAAUGCAACAUUUGAUGAAGUAGAAGUGUCAAAAUAUGAUGGGUUGGUCAUCCCAGGAGGACGUGCCCCAGAAUAUUUGGCUCUUAAUAAGCAGGUAUUGGAGUUGGUCAAACAAUUUGUCAGCUCUAAUAAGCAGAUUGCUUCUAUCGGCCAUGGACAAUUGAUCUUGGCUGCUGCAGAUAUAGUCAAAGGCCUAAAGUGCACAGCUCUUCCUCCUGUAAAACCUGUUCUUAUAGAUGCUGGUGCACAUUGGGUAGAACCAGAGACAAUGGCUUCAUGCAUUGCUCAUGGGAAUCUCAUUACUGGGGCAACCUCUGAAGGGAAUCCUGAGUUGAUCAGGCAUUUUCUCAAGGCACUUGGAGGAAAAAUAAUUGGGUCAAGCAAAAAAGUUCUAUUUCUAUGCGGAGAUUUCAUGGAAGACUAUGAAGUGGCAGUGCCUUUCCAGUCCCUACAGGCACUUGAGUGGCAUGUUGAUGCCGUUUGUCCAAGGAAAAAGGCAGGUGAGAAAUGUCCAACUGCUAUUCAUGAUUUUGAAGGUGACCAAACUUACAGUGAGAAGCCUGGUCAUGAUUUUACCCUAAAUGCUAGUUUCGAAGAUGGUGUCUGUGCUUCAAGCUAUGACGGGCUUGUCAUUCCCGGUGGGCGAGCUCCAGAGUAUUUGGCACUGGAUAAUCAUGUUCUUAGAUUGGUAAAGGAAUUUAUGGAGUCCAACAAACCGGUUGCAUCAAUUUGCCAUGGUCAACAGAUAUUGUCGGCUGCAGGUGUUCUCAAGGGGAAGAGGUGUACUGCGUACCCUGCUGUAAAACUGAAUGUGGUUCUUGGAGGGGGCACAUGGUUGGAACCGGAACCAAUAGACAGAUGCUUCACUGAUGGAAAUCUGGUGACAGGGGCUGCUUGGCCAGGUCACCCGGAGUUCAUUUCUCAGUUCAUGUCAUUGCUCGGAGUGCGUGUAGCUUUCUGAAUUUGUAGCAAGGCGUCAUAGGUGUCUAGCAGCAGGUCUCAUGUCACCCAUACAAUCCCAAAUAGAAGAAAGGCAGCGAGUGUUUCAAUAAAAG